AUGACGGUCAUGUCGCAAAUAAACGAGUUCCUUUGCCUGGUUUUCUAUGCGGCGCUCCUUCUGGUGACGCUGGCAACAUUGACGGCAACAUUCAUCAACUACCACUUGUUUCCUUUGGACACUGACAAUCUGGCCUGGUCGAAUGCAUGGUUGCUGGCGUACGUGAUUGACUACUACGGAGUUUGUCUCUGUUUCUGCGGUGUGAUUGUGGCAACAGAGGCAGUUUGGUGGACGGCCAUGCUGUGGUCUUGUUCGUGUCUUGUUGUGGGAAGUCCAGCGUGUUGUCUGUAUAUUUUCUUGUGGAUCACCAAGGAAGGUGGCACGCUACGACUGGAGCGAAGUGCCUUGGCAAUGGAAAUGCUGGCGGCGGCUGCUGCAGCAGCAAACCACGCCAGCAAUGAACAGAUCCAUGUGACCCCGAUUCUAGAGACACAAAAAUAUCAGUCUCCUGCAAGCAACAAAACUGGCAGCAAGCGCCAUCAUGAUGAUCAUCGUCAUACCCGUCCUCCUCAGCGUCACCAGCACCACAACCACAAGAGUCGGCACUCCUCGCGGUCUCGGUCUCAUUCUCGCUCCCGUGGCCAUGACGUGGAACGGGCUGUUGUGCUGUGA